AUGGGGCUGAGCAAAGAGCAACUUCGUCGGCGCUCGCGCGCGCUGCGCCAGGGCGUCAAGCGCGGCCGCGCGUGCGCCGCGUGCGUCGCGCUCGCCACCGUCGUCGCGCUCGCGCUCGGACUCGCGCAGGUAUCGCUGGGCGGCGCGUACGACCCGGCGCUGGACGCGCGGUGCGUGCGAACGCUGAAAGAGACGCAGCGAUCGUGGUUCGAGCACCGGGCGUGUCACUACAGCGCGAGGGAGGCGCGGGCGGAUUUCAUCGCGGCGGAGCUGGCGUUGACGGUGCGAGCGAGACACGCGCCGGGACCGUGCGUGGUGAUGACGAUCGGAUUGCCGGAACCAGGGUCCGGACGCGAGGGCGACGAUGCGAGAGUGAUGCGAAGGCGGGGAAGCGUGGACGCGGGGAUGGCGACGAAGAUGGGAUUUUGGGUGAACGCGAUGGCGAACGCGGGAGCGUUUGAGUGCGAGACGAGGACGUACGUGGACGAGCGCGCGGUGGAGACGUUGAGCGCGACGCUGAAGGAUCUCGGACACGACAAUUCGAUAGUGGAGAAGUUAUGGAACGAUCGACGAGUGAGUCGACAGCUCGAUGAGGAGUUUGAGCAAAUCGCGAAGACGUCGCCCAAGGCGAAGCUGACGGUUUUGAUCAACGACGCGAAGCGCUCUCGCUCGCAAUUCGCGCGGUUCAAGAAAGGUUUGGCGAGUGGAAAAGUCAGUACGAUUAUUUGGCGACGUGAGAUUACGAGCAAGGCGCAGCGUAAGGCGUUACUGGGGGAAGUUAAGCUCGUCGCGCAGUACGGGUACUCAGUCUAUCUCGCGGGCGCGAGCGCGGAUGCCGAUGGAAAGGCCACGCCGACGGCGUACUUGAGAGUCGAUCACGGUGCGUGGGAUGAUAUUUUCGCCACACCGAAUUCUGGGAUCGAGCUCACCAUCGUUGCCGUCGCGCGAGAUAAUAAGUUCAAGACGUUGCUCGAUCAAACGUUUGGGUUGUGCCCGGUGAAGACGUCGGUGUUGAACUUCAACGAACCGAAAGGUCACAGCUGUCACUGCGACUCCGACCGGUUCACGGACGAAAUGGCUGACUCGAAAUGUAGCUUACAAAGUCGACUCGGACUCGGAACGUCGACGUACAACUGGUUCUCGAGCCUCUUAAGCGGGCGAACGGACACCGAUGCGGCGGGCGUUUCGGAACUCGAAGAGGCUCUCGGCGGCAAGAUCGAUAGCGACGAACGCAAGUUAGCUCGACGAUGAUUUCUUUGUUCAUUCGUGGAAUUAUUACACGACGCGGACGCCGUCCGGCGGGUCGCCGCGCGCGCCGGCGCCGGUGCCGCGAUUCUCGUUUAAUGUACAGUAUACUGUAGUGGUAAAUGAUGUCUUGUGUGUCUUGCACUUUGUCGCUCGGGACGUCUGUCGGGGAAAAUGUCUCGACGACGGACGACGCCGAGCUCGGCUCACGCGCACCCUUCGAGCGGCGUCUUCGAGUCGUCGGCGCACCCGAGAAUGUGAAUGUCGUCGUUCCCGCUGUUGACGAUUUGCGUCGACGCAGAGUACGGCCCCCAUCCCGGCUCAACCUCGCCCGCCCCGUUGCUGAGGUAGUACGCGCAACUGAAACGGUGCUGCGCGGACGGGUGCUUUUCGUUGAUGAAGAGAAAACUCGGGUAUCCGUGUUGCUUGGCGUAUCGCUUGCAGUCACCCGGACCCUUGGCUUUGCCGAAGCCUUCUGCGUAGGUGUGCGUCGCGUGUGCCCAACCCUCGAUUUCGUUUUGAGCGUGUCGCGCGUGGUUGCGACAGCCGUUGGCGACGGAGGCGUGAGGAUUGGUGCACGCGGUGCCGUGAAUGACGUCCCCGGGCUCGUCCGCGUGCGCCGAGUGGAAAGCGCUGUAGAAGACGCACGAGUUCCUGCGAGCGGCUUCGGGGUGCGCCGGGGAGAGCCAGAGCCACGCUUCGUAACCGUGUUGGGCGGCGAACUGUCGACAGACGUUAGACGACGGCGCGUUGCCCAUGCCCAUGGCGUACGCCUGCGACGCCGUUCUGUGCCAGCCUCGCACCGUUCCGCAUCCGCCCAGCGGCGUCAUGCCCGGGACCGAACAUCCAGUCACCCGGUGUUCGUCCGUCUCGUCCCCGGCGAACGGGCCGAAGAUGUCGUAAAACGCGCACCUGUUUCGCUUCUCCGCCGCCUCGACGUGUUCGUCGUAGUGGACCCACGCGCUGUAAUUACGCUCCGCCGCCAACGUCCCGCAACGCCGCGGAUCCGUCACCUCGACAUCCAACAGCGUCUUCGGCAUGUUCGCCGCGGCGCCUCGCGCGACGGACAGCGCCGGCGCGCCGCCGCCGCCGCCGCCGCCGUCCGAGUCGCACCGACACUCGCACGAGCACAGUCCCAGCCCCGCCUUCAAUCCGAGCCGCGCGCCCGUCGACCGUCCGACCUCGUGCGCCGCGAGCGCCGCCGCGCACGCCACCGCGAUCGCGCCGAGCAGCGCGCGCGGCGACACGCGCACGCCGUCCUCGCGUCGACGCCCGAACGACGAAUCGGCAUCGAUCGUCGCGCCGGGCGUCGCGCCGUACGACAUCGUCG